AUGGAGCAAAUUUUCACUCAAGAUCACAGGAAAGUCCGAAUGUAUCAGUUGCUCCGCAAAGCUUGUGAAAAAUCGAAACAAAAAAAGGCAAUGAGAAAAAAGAAAACCUAUUGGGACAAACAUCCGGAUUUGAAAUUAUUGAAAAGCUUUGGAACACGGAGACUUACCUCGUUCAUGUUCUUCUCAUACAUGUUUCUUUUUGCAUCGGCGGAGUACACAAACAUUCUUCAAUUUGGCUACAGCAUCAUUAUUGCACAAGUGAUUCUAGGAUGGUUUAUUAUUAUGAGCGCAUAUUGCUUUGACUAUGGAAUAAGAAACUGCUAAUUGGGACUUGUCAUUCCAUUCAUGUCGAUUGUGAUGGGUGCUUUAUCUUGUUUUGUCUGUCUGUUUGUUCCCGUUCUAAUGGUCAUACUGAAUAUUGCACCGACCGAAUAUUUCCUUAUUGCUUUCACUAUCUACAUCUUCGGAGUGACGGCAACGGUGACAUUUGUUUUAGCAAAAGCGACCGACUUGGUGUGGCAGGGAUUCUACAUGCUUGUCGAUUUAUGUACUGAUGAUGGAAUCAUCAAGAAGUUAGUGACCACUGUGGAAAUGGAAAACAGUGAAGAAGAAAAGAAAAACCAGAGACCAAAGGGUGUUUGGUAUUUGUAGUC